UUUGUGGACCAGCGAGCGCGUCCCUCGCGGCGACGGAUUACGUGACGGCGGCAUGCUAUCCCCCGGGACCUCAGCUCACCCUGACCGCCUCUCACCCUCAGCCCCACGUCGUUGAUCCCGCGAUGACGCCCACCUCGGCGCCGGUACCGACUCCGACCACGGCGUCGGGACCCAACAACCCGGUCGCCAUGAGCCAGCUGGGAACCGUUUAUGCCACCAAGAGACGACGUCGGAAUGGAAAAAGUUUGAAACCACCGCAAAAGGACGGGGUGACCAAGUCGAAUCCGAGCAAGCGGCAUCGCGAGCGAUUGAACGCCGAAUUGGACACGCUGGCGUCGUUACUCCCAUUCGAGCAGAACAUUCUCAGCAAGCUGGACCGGCUCAGCAUCCUCCGACUCAGCGUCAGCUAUCUUCGAACGAAGAGCUACUUUCAAGUGGUGAUGCACAAAGACAAGGAAGAAAAUUCGCACCACGAUUCGCACUACCGAGCGAGAGAGUUGGCCGCGUUUGCUGCGUACGACCAUCAUCAUCUCGAUGGCGAAAUGUUCCUCCAGGCGCUGAACGGGUUCCUGCUCAUACUGACCUGCGACGGGGAAGUGUUCUUCGCCACUCACAGCAUAGAAAGUUACCUUGGCUUCCAUCAGUCCGACAUCGUCCACCAAAGCGUGUACGAGCUAGUCCACAGCGAAGAUCGAGAGGAACUCCAAAGGCAGCUCAUGUGGAAUUCUUUUCUGCCGGCCGAAAAUGCGAGUCUCCCCUUGCACGACGCUCUCUCACCCCAGCACAGUCACCUUCUGGAGCGCAGCUUCACCGUCCGCUUCCGGUGUCUUCUGGACAACACUUCCGGCUUUCUGCGUUUGGACAUCAGGGGACGAGUGAAGAUACUGCACGGUCAAAACCGAAAGACGGAGGAGCCACCGUUGGCUCUGUUUGCCCUGUGCACGCCGUUCGGACCACCGUCGUUGCUCGAGGUGCCGCAAAAGGAUGUGAUGUUCAAGAGCAAGCACAAGCUGGAUCUCGCGCUCGUGUCGAUGGACCAACGGGGGAAAAUGUUGCUGGGAUAUUCGGACGCGGAACUUGCGAACCUCGGCGGCUAUGAUCUAGUCCAUUACGAUGAUUUGGCGUACGUCGCGAGCGCUCAUCAAGAACUAUUGAAAACCGGAGCCUCGGGAAUGAUAGCGUACAGAUUCCAAAAGAAAGACGGUGGAUGGCAGUGGCUGCAAACUAGCUCCAGGCUAGUCUACAAAAACUCGAAGCCCGACUUUGUCAUCAGCACGCAUCGACCUCUCAUGCAAGAAGAAGGCAGGGACCUUCUCGGUAAACGAACAAUGGACUUCAAAGUGAGCUACCUUGACGCCGGUCUGACCAACAGCUACUUUUCGGACAGCGAUAGUCUCACAGGUUCCGUGAUGACGCCGACACUCCCCAGCCAACCGACGUCGCAGAGAGUGAACAGGCGGUACAAGACCCAGCUGAGAGAUUUCCUGUCGACCUGUCGGAACAAACGUACCAAGCUGACCGCACAAUCGUCCGUUUCCCCGCCGGCCACACCUACUGUCGCAUCCGUGGACUACCUCGCAGCCGAUACCAGCGCUGCAGCUGCAGUUGCAGCGGCGUACAGCAACCUGAACACGAUGUACCCGACUGCUUACGCACCCACAGCGGUCGCAGCCAGCACGGAUCCUUCGUUGACCACGUACAUCGGUCACACGGGCAACUACCAUCAGACUUUAUAUCCGGCAACUGCAUUGGACAAUAGAUAUCUCACCGCAGCAACGGAGAACCUGUUCCAAUACAGACCUUUAGGUUCCUACUACCCCGAGUACCACACGAGCACGGCGUACAACGGUUUCAUCGAUGUCUCGCUGCCCACCUACGAAACGCACCAACUGACGAGCAAAGCCGAAGAGAAGCUCUACUGUCAGCAGCUGGGCGAGUCUCCCAAGUACAGCUAUGUGGAAACAAGACACCCUAGCAGUGUCAGUGGCUCACCGUACGCAGCCAGUCCUGUCGCAAGCGCGUCGACGAUGCACACCGCAACAACGGACAUCAACAUCGUACGUGCCGGCAGCAGGCACUCCCUGGAAGGUGGAGCUUCCUCCAGCAAUUCUGCUGGAAGUUCCCCGGUGACCGGACCAACGAACGGCGUGCUCACUCCGAAGAUAGAGGACGUGAAGCCGGAAGUCUACGGCAACGAAGCGCCGCGACAGACCGUCCUCAUGUGGGGAGCACCUCCUGCUCGUACUCCGCCAAGAAACAACGGCAGCUACAGUCCGCCCACGCCACAUUCCACUCAUUCCUCUACGCACUCCACUAACGCCACGGCUGGUGACCCGCUGAAGUCGCUGGCAGAGAUGAAUUCAAUGAACGGCGAGUGCAAAUGGCGGCAGACGUCGCCCAGCGAGCAACAGACCACCGCGCCUAGUUCACCGAGGACCAAGGCGCAGCCACAGCAACAACAUCAACAUCAUCAGCAGCAGCAGCCACAGCAGCAGCAACAGCAGCAGCAACAGCAUCAACAUCAGCAGUACCCGGUGACCACGUCUCAGUAUCAAGCAGCGGCGGCAGCGGCGGCUGCAGCCGCGGCCGCAGCAGCCAGCACUAUCGGAUACGCGCACUCGCAUCCAGGCCAUGGCCACGGGGAAGCGGGCUCCGAGCACACCGCCGUCAGCUGUGGGAACGGGGACAGGAAUCGGCAUGGGCAUCGGCCCGGACAGCAGCAGCACCAGCAACAGCAACGCCUUGUACCAUCCACCGCACCACCACUCUCAGCAUCAGCACGCGGUGGGAUCAUCAGCGGCGGGAAUGGGUCCAACUGUCCCUCAGAUUCCAAACCGGACGCCGGGAGUCCUUUGUUGUCCAUCUCUGAGGUGACUAACACCCUGCUCAACCAAUAGUCUCUUCGCCACCUCAGCGUCGCUCGGUUUCAGUGAUAAAGGUAUCAGGAGAUAGUUUCACCGAGACGAUUCGCAAAACGUGUGACUGUAUCAUACAGAAUAACACCGGUUGAAGCUGUUAAGAGUGUUCCCGCUACAUAACGCUACACACUUGCAGUUAAUGUCAGACGUUGCUACGACGUACGUACGAAAUGUACGUGUAUGUUGCGGUUGAUUACGUUCGUUCGACCGUAUUGUUAAGUUUUCACGAGAAUCCUUCGUGCAGUCUCCCGCUCGUCGAAUUGUGAAACCGUGUGAAAGGUAAUGAUUACGGAGAUCCUCGUUUAGCUAGAUUCGGCUGGAAACCGACUCGCGUGACAAGUGUCCACAAAAUUUCUGCCAGCUGAAAGAUUGUAAUUCAAAGAUACGUUUGUGAUUAACAUAUCAAUAAUAUUUGGGUUCGUAAUCAGCUGUUACAUUCGGAGUGUGGCUAGCGUGUCCCUUCAAUUCCAAUUGUAUACAUUUUUGUAAGUUUUCCUUCUAUUUUCUUGUAAUUAUUAAAAAUAAUUACGAUACACACAGAGGAGCCCUUCCACGAAACUUCUUUUCAAGCAAAUGCUCGAAUCGCUCUCGCUAGAGGGACGCGGUAACCACACUUCCAUCCUCCAUCCAUCGAGCGAGAAGAAAGGAGCAAUAUAGAUUCCGUCGAGGAGCACAAAAUGAAUCGCCUCGAUCGAGCUACGAGAAACGCAACACAUGUAUGAAAUUUAGUUUUUAAUUAGGCCUGCGUAUAUCGUGUGAUCGUGCUGUAUGUACUAUCGUUGCUUUAUUCUUUCUUUCUUUGUUAAUACCUUGCGACAGAAGGGUACCAGAUUUAAUCGGGUAUCGGAUCGCGGAACAUUCUCGUAAGGAGUUAAUCGUAUCAUUGCGUUUUCGUGCGUGUAAUCAUUUUUUAAAUGGAAUACACAUGAUUCUGUGAUAUGUGUUAGGUAACUUAAGGUGCGGUAUUCUUCUAAAAGAUAUUUAAGAUUCAUGUACGCGGAACUGAAAAUGGGGGAAAAAUUGUGGGAAAUUAGAGAAACGUUCAAUGUUCGCCGCACUUUGACGAGGAGUCGAAUUAUGUCAUCGCGAAAUGUUCCAUUUCACAUACUGAAAAUCCUAAUUAUCAUGGACCAAAGUAUAUAACGUAUUAAUGCAUGGCAAAUUCCUUUUGCACCUAUCUAUCGUCACCAAACUUGUGGAUGUUUAUGUAGAAAUCCAUUUCAAAAAUCUACGCAAAACAUGUGUAAAACAUUCAGAGGUGGAAUCGCUUGUUGCGAUAUUUAAUUGACAGACGAAAUAAAUUUCUAUUUAGAUCCUAUUUUUUAAAGUUACGUUCGCUAAAAUAUAAAUUUGCAUGAGCAUCCGCGGUUUAAUUAUCACUCUAUCUUGCGCUACUGUUUCAUUUGAGAGAAAGAGAGAAGAAAACUCUGAAUAAUUCGAUUCCCAGAUCACACUGUUUGCGUUUUCCUAUCAAAGAAUGUCAGAGAUGAUACAGUUGCGUAUUCCGUUGAACGGGCCAAGACGAGAACAAAAAGAAAAAAAAAAAAAAGGAAAAAAGAGAAAUGGGAGAAACUCUCGAUUCGGUUGAACCUCAGUCUUGCCAAUGUUUUUUGUUAAUAAGUUUGUAGUUUUUGUACUUAAUUAAUUUAUACGGCUAUUUAUGUACACGCGCGUAAAUCGACGGUCUAGCGAAGCUAGGCGAGCCUUCCAUAAUUUUAGACGUGUAACUCUCAUUUCGCGAACGUAACGCCCGUGUGCUCGGUAAACGAGCGAAGACUGCGUGAAAAAGGCGAGGAAUGGGAGUGAAAUUUUGGGGGAAAGAGUAGUACCGGAAGUCUCGAUCGACUUUCCGUGGCAUUGAACUGUCCGCGUUUCAAAGAGGAAACCAAGAGUGAUUUACAAUUUACAUGCUUCGAAUCUCCAGGCAGAGAUCAGAGAUAACGCAAAAAAAAAAAAAAAGAGGAAAAAGAACGAAAGAACGUGAUUUUAUUUUGCGCAUACAUAUCAGAACAAAAUAGAGGUGAAGGGGAACGUGUUACACUCCUUCCCCUUCUAUUGCAAUCUUGAUAUAUAUAUAUAUGUAUACAAAGAGAUAUAUAUGUAUACAUAAAGAUAUAUAUUGUAUUAUUUGCCGAUAGGAACGUUUAAAUUCAACGGGGUAGCCGGUAACGAUUUCUAUUCGGCUACCCGAAUGAAAUCCUCUUUUUUCCUUCCGAUCCACGCAUCCUUUUUGAAACUCUCGAACUACGAUUAUUCUGUAACUUUACCCUAUUUCAUGUCGUUGUAGUGUUAUACAAUAUACGAAACUAUUUUGCUAUGAAUUCUUUGUAAACAUCCAGUCCGCUGAUCGGCUUUACGACACAGGACGAAUUUCGCGAACCUUGAACGCUUGUUACUGAUGGUUCUUCGAAUACAAAUGUAGAUCGUUCACGAUUUUUAUUAGAAACAAAGAGAAUUUGAAAGAAUAAUGAAAGAAAGAUCGACAAUAAAAAAAAAAAAGAAAAAACGAUACUAAACAUAUCAAUUUCUACAUAUCUUUCUCCUUUAAUUUCGAAAAAAAAUCACGAAAAUUAUAAGACAUUAAGAAAAGAACGACAACGUCAGUAACGAGUCUCGAGGACCCACAUUGUAAAUUCACAUUUUCGACCGUACAGCUUAAAACUACGUUUCCUUUUUUUUUUUUUUUUUUUUUUUUUGCAAUAUUAUAUAAAGAUCUAUUAUUAUAAGUAAUUGAGUCUAGUCCAUACAUAAAGCGAAUUAAUGAUAUAUCAACUAUGCUUAAAUUGUAACAAUGUUUUCACUCGCGAAGCAAACCCUUGCAGACAAUCUUUGCUUGGUAAACGAAUUACCUCUCCACUGUACACAUGUAUCUAUACAUAAACCCGCGUCAACAAUCCCAAAAUCGUUCGUCAAUCUUCGAAUCGUUCGUCAGUCAUCGAUAAAAUAUUUUAAUUCAAUUUUCUCAAUAGCGUCAGCCUUCGUUAUUUUUUAUUACAAACUUAUAAAAAAAACGAAUAGAAAGCAUUGCCCGCACUUUUUUGAAGAAUCGCUGCAAGAAUCUUGCAAUGAACUUUUAAAAUUGAAUAAAAUUCUGACGAUUUGAGGAUUGACGCCUGGCCACCCCUUCUUACUCGAUCACAGCGGUGAGAAUAUUCUGACAGUUUAAGCAUACAUGUAUAUUUACUGUAUAUUUAAAGUAAGAUAACUUUUAACGAGCAUAGAUAAGAUUUAGUCGAUAUAGACGAUUCUCCCCAUAGUUAUUCAUAUAGAUCAAAAUACGUACCUUAUUUUAUAGUGACCGGUAUCUGCAGACAACAUGCAAUUCAAUCAUGGCCCUAUCGAGUCGGAUGAUACAACUAGAAAUUUUUUUAUCACCAGCGCCGCGUUUAGAUCGAAUAAAAAGAGCGUUCGAUCACGAUCGACAAAACAUAUAUCACCCCGAGUGCCUGUUUCGAUCGAGAGGACUAUCAGACCAUUGAGACCAAUCUUUGUUGAUUUCUUACGAUGUAAAAAAUAAAAAUAAGAAGAUGCACUAUUGCGCAUAUCGAAUAAAUGUAAAAUAAAUACGAACUUGGUAGUUGAUGGCCCCUUUUUCAAAAAAAUCUCUACGAGAUAAAAUGAAUAUUAUUCGACGAAGGCAAGAAUCUUUGUAAUAUCGUUACGUAUCAAUUUUUUAACAAGUCCAAUGCUCUAAAAUUUACGGACUAACUGGACUAAACGACAUUGCUCAAUGAAAGAAACAAAAUUUACACUUUGCAGAUACCUGUAUCUCACUACUUGUAAAUUUUACUCGAUUAUCUUUGGGCUUGAGCGAAAGAAAGAUAAGCAAAACGAUAAAAAAAAAAAAUAUAUAUAUAUAUAUGUGUGUGAAGCCCGCUUUUCCUUUUCUCGAAAGGAAGGGAAACACAUCUCCUCUCAAACGCCUCGUUUUCCGGCUAAGGUGUUGCAUCCUGUUCUGCAGAUGUUCUUUUAUAUAUCCGAAUGUAUCAAAGUGAACACGAUAAUCAUGCCAAACCAAACUUUGACUCUCCUCGAUCACUCCAUCCAAUUUAUCUCCGAUAAUAUUCUAUAGAACCUAAUUACUUAUUAACACUAAACUACUAAAUGCUAAGCUCUACGAAAUGAAAUUUUAAAACUGUAUCAAAUGUUUAUAUGAAAUAAAUUAUAAUAAUGCAA